GGAGCGCGCGUCCGAGCACAGAUGAGGAGCAGCACUGAUUAAGCAGAAAAAAACAGAAAGGAGUUUCAGCGAACGACUCCCACGAGAGAAGAAACGCGGCACUUUGGGGAAUUUUCAAUGGGAAAAAGCUUGUAGUCAUUUUUUAAAGCAGAAUGUCACCGUGGCGCGUGUGUUCGGACACGGGAAAGUUCACGCAGAGGAAAUUCUGAGAGAGAAAUCUUGGAUAUUAGUGGACUCGAGCUACGCUGGGUUUGAUAUUUCUUAAAGGAGACGCGCCGCGCACGGAUUUGUUACGUUGUAUCCAGAAAGUUGUGAUGUCUUGAAGCAGCGACCGGCCCCUUUGAAGGAUGUGCAGUGAGUACUAAUGGAAACUUCUGCUCCAAUAUGAAUGUUCAUGAUGUUGGCGGGAGACGACGCUUCGAGGACUCCGAGUUCACCCUGCGGAUCUACCCAGGGGUCAUCGCAGAGGGUACCAUCUACUGCCCCGUCACCGCCCGUAAGAUCACCUCAGCUGCGGAGGUCAUCGAGCAGGUCAUCGACCGACUGCGGCUGGAUCGGACACAAUGCUACGUCCUGGCAGAGGUGAAAGAGUUCGGUGGAGAAGAAUGGAUCCUCAACCCUACCGACAGUCCCGUCCAGCGCAUGAUGCUAUGGCCCCGCAUGGCCCUGGAGAACCGCUUCAGCGGCGAGGACUACCGCUUUCUGCUGCGGGAGAAGAACCUCGACGGCUCCAUCCACUACGGCAGCCUGCUGAUGUGGUUGCAGGUCACGGAGGAGCGACGGUGCAUGAUGGAGCGAGGCUUCCUGCCACAGCCCUUGCCGAAGGACUACGACGAUCUUUGUAACCUUCCGGAUCUCAACGAGAAGACCCUGCUGGACAACCUGCGCAGUCGCUUCAAGCAGGAGAAGAUCUACACCUACGUGGGCAGCAUCCUCAUAGUCAUCAAUCCCUUUAAGUUCUUGCCCAUUUAUAACCCCAAAUAUGUCAAGAUGUACGAUAAUCACCAGCUGGGAAAGCUGGAGCCACACAUUUACGCGGUGGCCGACGUGGCUUACCACGCUAUGCUGCAGCGCAAGCGGAAUCAAUGCAUUGUUAUUUCAGGGGAAAGCGGCUCGGGCAAGACUCAGAGCACCAACUUUCUCAUCCAUCAUCUCACGGCGCUAAGUCAGAAGGGGUUCGCUAGCGGUGUGGAGCAGAUCAUUUUGGGUGCUGGACCGGUCCUGGAGGCAUUUGGCAACGCGAAGACAGCCCACAAUAAUAACUCCAGCCGCUUUGGCAAGUUCAUCCAGGUGAACUAUCAAGAAAGUGGAACUGUGAGAGGGGCGUAUGUAGAGAAGUACCUGCUGGAGAAAUCCAGGCUCGUCUAUCAGGAACACAAUGAAAGGAAUUACCACGUGUUUUACUACCUGCUGGCAGGAGCGAGUGAAGAAGAGAGAACUGUGUUCCACCUCAGAAAACCUGAAGAAUAUCAUUACCUCAAUCAGAUGACAAAGAAACCUCAAAGGAUGCAUUGGGAAAAUUACUAUGAGAACGAACCGGAUUGCUUCACGGUUGAAGGGGAGGAUCUCAAGCAUGAUUUUGAGCGCUUGCAGCUGGCCAUGGAGAUGGUGGGCUUCCUCCCUACCACGCGAAAACAGAUUUUCUCUCUGUUGUCGGCAAUCCUUCAUUUAGGAAAUAUCAAAUACAAGAAGAAGAUUUACAGGGACGACUCCAUUGAUAUCUGCAAUCCUGAAGUUCUGCCAGUUGUGUCUGAGCUGCUUGAGGUCAAAGAAGAGAUGCUCUUUGACGCCCUGACCACACGCAGGACGGUCACAGUGGGCGAGAGGCUGAUCGUCCCGUACAAACUGGCUGAGGCCGUGACGGUACGGGACUCGAUGUCCAAGUCUCUCUACAGUGCCCUGUUUGACUGGAUUGUGUUCCGGAUCAAUCACGCCCUGCUCAACAAAAAAGACUUCGAAGAGUUUGCCAAGAUCUUGUCCAUUGGGGUCCUUGACAUCUUCGGCUUCGAAGACUUCGAGAACAACAGCUUCGAGCAAUUCUGCAUCAACUUCGCCAACGAGAGACUUCAGCACUAUUUCAACCAGCACAUUUUUAAACUGGAGCAGGAGGAGUAUCGGUCAGAAGGCAUCUCUUGGCAUAACAUUGAUUACAUUGAUAACACCGGUUGCAUUAAUCUCAUCAGUAAGAAGCCCACAGCACUACUCCACCUAUUGGAUGAAGAAUGCAAUUUUCCACAGGCCACCAAUCAAACCCUGCUGGACAAGUUCAAGCGGCAACAUGAAGGAAACCGCUAUAUCGAGUUUCCUGCGGUCAUGGAGCCAGCCUUCAUCAUCAAACACUACGCAGGGAAAGUUAAAUAUGGAGUGAAGGACUUCAGAGAGAAGAAUACAGACCACAUGAGGCCGGACAUCGUCGCUCUGCUCAAAAGCAGUAAAAACGCCUUCAUCUGUGGCCUGAUCGGCAUCGACCCGGCAGCAACCUUCCGCUGGGCGGUGCUCAGAGCUUAUUUCAGAGGUGUGGUGGCCUUCAGGGAUGCUGGGAAGAGACAUGUGGAGAAACGAAGCGGGCAUGAUGCUGCUGCUCCGGUUGUGAAAAGUGUGGAUAGCUUUAGUUUUCUGCAUCACCCUGUGCAUCAGAGAAGCUUAGAGAUCCUGCAGAGGUGCAAAGAGGAGAAAUACACCCACCAUGCAUGCUUCUCCGACAGCCCUCCACUCUCCCCUCAAUGGAGUCUUCAUUCUGAGCCCUCACACCCUUGCAUGACACCUCCGGCCCAGGGUGAAAACUCAUUUCUCUUUCCUUUUGAGGACGGCGGGCUCACAAUUGAUCUUCUUCAUGAAGGUGUGAACAGAAACCGGUAUCGUGUGCCACUGUCUGAUCUUCAAGGCAUCAACGCGCUAAAUCAACGGGAGGGCUGGAACGGGCGUCCCGGGAGACAAAACCGUCUGUCGUCUGCUGGAUCUCUGAGUGAAGAGGAUGGGAUCUUUGUCAACUCAACCAGCAGUAAACUCCUGGAGCGAGCUCACGGCAUCCUGAUGAGAAAUAAAAACUACAAGAUGAAGCCCAGUUUACCUAAGCAUUUACUGGAUGUCAAAUCUCUAAAGUAUCUGAGUAAUCUGACGCUACACGAUCGCAUCACGAAAUCUCUUAUGCACCUCCACAAGAAGAAGAAACCGCCAAGUAUUAGUGCUCAAUUCCAGGCUUCUCUCAAUAAGCUAAUGGAGACGCUCAGUCAAUCUGAGCCGUAUUUUGUCAAGUGCAUACGAUCAAAUGCAGAGAAGCUCCCUCUGCGGUUUAAUGAUGGUCUGGUUCUAAGGCAGCUUCGAUACACGGGCAUGCUGGAAACUGUGCGUAUCCGACAAUCUGGCUACAGUAUCAAGUACACUUUUCAGGACUUUGUUCGACACUUUCACGUGCUGUUACCAGAAGGUACCUGUGCCAACCAAGAAGCUAUCAGACGCUACCUGUGCCAGGUGGAUCUCGCACCCGAAGGGUCCCAAGUGGGCCGUACCAUGGUGUUUCUCCGUGAAGUGGAGCGCCAGCGGCUACAAGAUCUACUCCAUCAGGAGGUUCUGCGCAGGAUUGUUCAUCUCCAGCGGCGUUUCAGGGCUCUGCUAGAAAGAAGGAACUUUCUGAGAAUGAGACGGGCUGCAUGCCACAUACAGAACUGGUGGAGGAGCUGUCAAUCUGCCCAAUCGGACAACAGGCUCGAGUAUGACGUCCAGCAGGGGGCAGCGGUCUGUAUCCAGUCGGCCUGGAGAGGAUCCAGAGAGAGGCAAAAACUCUUAUUGUGGAGAGAGGCGGCCGUGAUUAUCCAGAGAAACUGGAGGCUGUGUCUGCAGAGGCGUGCGGCCCUCCGGAUCCAGACCGCCUGGAGACGGCACAGGGCCAGAGAGCUCUACCUCCAUCAGCGUGAUGUCACCAUCCACCUGCAAGCCGCCUGCAGGGGUUAUCUGGCGAGACGGAGAGUUAGAGAACUUCGAGAGCAGAAGUUACAAAGCACUCGGCUGCUGAAUGGAAAGACUGGUGGGUUAACAGAAGAGCGUGCCGUCAUGGGUUUGGAUCUGAGUUUGUGGGUAGACUCCUACAAGGACCGAGACACAAACAAAGUGGAAACCGAGGUGUCCGGUGGAGGUGCCGCACGGGAAGCUUUGGAAGACAUGGAGCUCGAGACGAAAGAGGAGCUGCAACAAACAUCUGAAGUGACUAUCCGAGAACGACCACGGACACUAGAAGACCCCAACCAGAGGACAAGGGCCAAGCGGGAGAGCCGACGGAUGCGCGAGUUGGAACAAGCCAAAUUCAGCUUGGAGCUGCUGAAGGUGCGCUCCACCGGAGGAACGUCUCCGUCGGAUGAGAGACGCUGGUCGAUGGAGAUGGUCAGCGAGGUUCCUCACACUCCUCAGGGUACUCCGGACAGCCACAGCUCUAAAGGCAGCAUAGAGCUUCUCAAUGUAGAUGAGUGUCUCAAAGACAAUGCACCUCUAGAAGACCUGGGUUCUCCUUCAUCCGUGCCAGAUCAGCACGACAUUAUUCCCUCAGACGCUUCUUGUGUACCUCCGGAGCCACCCAGAUUACAAAACUCCCUUCCAACCUUCUAUCUCCCUCCGUCAGAAAGCAGCUCUGCAAAGUCUAGCACAGACUCCUCCGCUCCGCAUUUGGAUGGCUCCGGUAAGCCAUUGAAGGAGAGGAAGGAGUCCACCCGCAGACCAAUGGUCGUGGUUAUCAGUAUGCAGAAGGAGACGUUUUUAAGCGAAGAGGACGCCAAGCUACCCGAGGUGUCCGACAGUGCCGUCCAGACCAGCGGGCCGCCCAGUCCGGCACAGGCCAAACGCAACAGCCUGUACGUGCUGGAGAAACUAGAAAAGCUGAAUGAGGAAAAGGAAGUGAGAGAGAAACAUCAGCAACAGCAGAAUGAAAAGGAGAUGAUGGAGCAGGUGCGGCAACAGAAAGACAUCCUGAAGGAACACAUCCGACACUUCGCUCAGUUGGAGAGGGACAUGUUCGAGAAGCAGAGGUUUGAGGCGCUUCAAAGGAUUGAGCAGAGCAGACAAGAGGAUUCAGGAGGAAGGACAGAUGGAACCGGUUCACUCCUGCACCGAGGUCACGCUCCCAUAGCCCAGCCUGAGCCGGAUCUCAUUUCCAAGCCACAUGUCCCAGAAAAAGAAGUCAGAUAUCAGCCGAAGGAUGGGAGAAAGGUACCGGAAGGAUGGGCACCGAAACUGACCCUGGAAUCCCGAGGACAUGAAGCCAAAAGGAGGAUAAAUAAGAAGCCGUCCGCUCAGACUGUCAACAUGACCGACAGAUCUGGAAAUAUAUUCUUUUCCCCGAAAACAAAGGUUUCCCUCUCGAAGUCGGAUAAAGACUUUGAUACUCGAGGCAAAACUCCAGGUGUCCAGAAUGAAAUAAACCUCCUGGGUUACAAAUCCACUAAAGGCCGGGAGGUCGGCCGACCGGGUCAUAAAAAAGCUCGCAUGGCUCGGACACGCUCAGACUUCCUGACCCGCAGUACAAAUCCCCCGGGAGAGGGGGAGUCAGAGGAGGAAGAGUACGAGGAGAGCCCUCUUUCUCUUACUGUUCUUCUCUCUAAACAGGACUCAGAGGAGAGCGCGCUAGAGGCGUAUCACAGUGACUCUGAAAUGCCCGUCUCAGGCGCUGAAGAACAGAAGAGCAUGUAUAAAGUCAUGUCCUCUGGUGACCUGGGCAAAACUGAUGCUCUGAGAAAACACUCUCACGGAGACGGAAGGUCUCGUGGUAAAAUGCGCUUUUGGGGUAAAGCGAAGAGCGGAGAGAAGAAGCUGCCACGAGAGCGUCUGUUUUGUGGUGGUGAUAUUCUGGAUGGAGACUGUCCUGAAACAUCACUUAUGAUGGAAGAGGGUGCAGAGCACUUGUCGCCUCCCCGAAGCCCAGAUCUGACCUUACAGAGGGAGUUUAAAGAGAACAAGGAGCCGUCUCCUAAAGUGAAGCGCAGACGCAGCGUGAAGAUCAGCAGCGCGGCUCUUGAACCCGCCCAGUGGCAGAACGAUGCAUUGCAGAUUCUCACAUGUGCCAAUGACUACAGGAGCAUGAACGAUUUCCUCAUGAAGAAGAUAAGCGAUUUAGACAUGGAGGACGGUAAGAAAGACACAAUGGUGGAUGUCGUCUUCAAAAAGGCACUAAAGGAGUUUCGCGUGAACAUCUUCAACUCGUACUCCACAGCUUUAGCUAUGGAUGAUGGGAAGAGCAUUCGAUACAAGGACCUCUACGCUCUCUUUGAACAAAUCUUGGAGAAGAACAUGCGACAGGAACAGAGGGACUGGAACGAGUCGCCGGUGAAGGUCUGGGUCAACACCUUCAAAGUCUUUCUCGAUGAGUUCAUGAUGAAUCACAAACCUGUGGACAGUGCUGUGAACAAGGUAACCAAACCAGAACGCAAGAAGAGAAGGAAAAAGGAUGCUGAUAUCGUGGAAGAACACAACGGCCACAUAUUUAAAUCCACCCAAUACAGCAUUCCCACGUACUGCGAGUACUGCUCAUCCCUCAUCUGGAUGAUGGACAAAGCCUGCGUCUGCAAAUUGUGCCGGUAUGCGUGCCACAGAAAGUGCUGUCAAAAGAUGACAACCAAAUGCAGCAAGAAGUACGAUCCCGAGCUCUCGUCUCGGCAGUUUGCUGUGGAAUUGACCCGUCUAACCCACGACGAGCGGUCCGUGCCUUUAGUUGUGGAGAAACUCAUCAACUACAUUGAAAUGCACGGCUUGUACACUGAAGGCAUCUACAGGAAGUCUGGAUCCACUAAUAAGAGCAAAGAGCUGAAGCAGGGUCUGGACACGGAUGUUAACAGCAUAAAUCUGGACGACUACAAUAUUCACGUGAUCGCCAGUGUUUUUAAACAGUGGUUACGGGAUCUUCCCAAUCCUCUGCUGACCUUUGAACUGUAUGAGGAGUUUCUGCGAGCUAUGGGUCUCCAAGAUAAGAAAGAAGUGAUUCGAGGGGUUUAUUCUAUAAUCGACCAGCUCGCUAGAACCCAUCUGAACACACUUGAGCGCCUCAUAUUCCAUUUGGUCAGGAUUGCUCUGCAGGAGGAGACCAAUCGCAUGUCUGCGAACGCGCUGGCCAUUGUGUUCGCUCCCUGCAUCCUGCGCUGUCCUGACACUACUGAUCCUCUGCAGAGCGUUCAGGACAUCGGGAAAACCACAGCGUGUGUGGAGCUGAUCAUUUGUGAGCAGAUGAAUAAGUACAAGGCCAGAUUGAAGGACAUCAACACUCUGGAGUUUGCUGAGAACAAAGCCAAGAGUCGGCUAACUUUCAUCCGCAGGUCUAUGAGGCCUGUAAUAAUUGCUGUUAGAUUCAUGAACAUAACCCGCAGUGCUGCAGCGGGUAAAGGCCAGGGACACAGGGUGAGACAUCCCACACCAUCACCUCCAGUGAGUCCUCGCUCUCCGACUGCCCCAGACGUGCCGCUAGAAAGCGUAGACGACGAAAUCUCCAGAGCCCCAGAGGUGUCCGAGCAACAGCAGGUGGCCAUGCAGCAGGAAGAGAAAGUUCUGACUGAACAGAUCGAACAUCUACAAAAAGAGAAGGAAGAGUUGACUUUUGAGAUGCUGGCCCUGGAGCCGCGGGCGUCGGAUGAUGAGACGCUGGAGUCCGAGGCGUCGAUAGGCACCGCAGACAGUUCUGAAAAUCUCAACGUGGACUCCGAGGGAGCCGGAUCGGAUUUCUCCGAGCGAGGCCCAGCGCUGGCUGCCUCCAGGCCCAAGAAGUUAGAGGGGAAGAGCAGACGCGUUUUGCGGAAGCAGGCCGAGUCCCUGGAUUCCGUAGACUCCAGUUCGACCGUCUCCUCCGUGUCGUCCUCCUACGCCAACCUCCCCGUGCGAACCCGACCCCGCAAGUCACGUUUCCGGUCCAACUCACCUCCGUCUGGAUCGGUUCUGUCCAGCCCACCUGACAGCACGGACCACCCCGAGCAUGACGGAGAGGAGAGGCCACAGUUCACCAGCCGAGGCACGUUCAACCCCGAAAAAGGCAAACUGCGGCUUCAGGGUGCCAAGAGCUCCCCAACGAAACCGCACGAGCGGAAGGGGGACCCGGACAUGCCUCCUAAGCAGAUGGUGGUUUACGGCAACAACGAGUUUAUGGUAUGAAGGUCACGAGGUUACGCGGUCAAACGCGGAGAAGAGCUCUUUCCUCACCGCUAGUUCACAUUUGCUGCAUUGUAGUCCUUAAGUGCCACGAUGAGAGAAACGCUUGAGGACAGAGCUGAAGAUCUGAGAGUGUUUGUUUGUGGGUCCGAGACGAGGAAGGCGGGGCAAAUGGAACGGCGAACGACUCCACUAAGGAAGAUUCUCCAAUCGCCGGCUCUGUGACUGCCGAGUUCCGAGGGCGGGAGACGAAGCCAUUGAUGAACUUCGCGAAUUCAUGGGCUGCUUCGACGUUUACAAUGUAGAACUAUUGCAAGCAGCAUCCUCCGCAAUGUAUUUUCCCUUAAGCCUAUUUAAUAAAUUUUAUUUACUUGGAAUAUAUAGAGCUAUAUAAAUAUAAUAUGUGAAAUUAAGUGUAUAAAGCACAGCGCACCAGUGACCGCUGGGACGUUGGAUUCAUAUAUCUCGUAUCGGUAAUGAAUGCGUUGGCGAGUUAAAGAUUGUUUGUGUGAAUGUUUGUGUGCGAGAACUUGAUAUGCUGUGUCAGGUUUGUGCUGCUUGGAGGGAAACGAUGCCAUUAAAGGGACCAAGCAAAGGUCGAGGUCUUUCAAAUCACCAUAGCCAUCCACAAGUCGUUCGGAUUCAUUCGGACACAAAAUGUUUCCUCCUAAUGUUUCCGCGUCAGUCGUGUUCUAUAAAGCAGUGUUAAUAUACAAAACCAUAGUACACCCAUUAUAACCUAUUAUUAUUUUAAAUGACAUCAUUUUUCUUGGAAAAAUCUGAUGCACCGCAUUGUUUCCCCCUUUGCAAGAAUAAUUUAAAUACUUAAUGUAUUAUCGAACGAUUUCCUCUGUUUAUAUACAUAAUAUCUCUUGUUUUUCAAAUUAUUUAAAUGUUUUCAUUGACCGUAAUAAUCCACGUGAGUGCAUUUGGAGAGUGGAUUUGUUUUUAAAGACGCACGGCUUUGUGGUUUAUUUCUCGUAAUGUUGACCUCGAUAUGUCCUCUCACUCCAUCACUAUUUGUUAGUGUCAUUCACAACAUCAGAAACCUGGAGAUGAAGCGGUGAAUGUGUAUCGGCGAAACGUUUCUGGAUUCUGCAAAGGUCUUAAAUGAUGUCGCCCAUAAAUUGUGAUUCUCAAGGUUUGUCUGAUGUAAUGGUGUCACGGAGUGUGUAGACGAAUGAAAUCAAGCCCAGAGUUAAGAAUAUGAAUUUAUAUUGUGUUGUUGUAGAACUCAUUCGUUGCUGACACGGGUCACACGCCUGAGAUGUGUGGCGUCUGUCGCUUGGAGCCGUGUGUUGAACAAAUAUUUCUUAUGGAAGACAAAAAUGUCAGUGGUUGUAAAAUAAAUUACGUUUUGAACAAAUAA